GCCAUUUUGUCGGCGGACGGGAGGAGGAAGCGGCGGCUCCUGCGCGGAGGCAGCGGCCGAGGCCCGGCCCCGCGGCUCUGCGAUCUUUCUCUGUGUAGUCGUGACGAAGAUGAAGGUCAGAGAGGGCUGAGCUGGUGAGGAGGAGCCCAACAGCUCGAAGGGGACAGCUCAAGGUUUCAGGUCGGUGUCCAGGGCGGCCGUGCCUGGAGCCGCGGCAGAUGGAGAGGUCAGCAGAGCUCUGACUGCGCAGCUGCUCCGGGGCACGACUCUGGCGAUGUAUCCGACAAGGGUGUCCGGCGAGGAAUGCAAUGGGAUCAACAUGGCAGCGGAGAGCGGCCCCGGCACGAGGCUGAGGAACCUGCCGGUGAUGGGCGACGGCCUGGAGGCCUCCCAGAUGGCAACCACCCAGGCACAGGCCCAGCCCCAGCCUGGCAGCCUGGUGGGGGUCAACCCUCCUCCCCCAGAGACCUCCAACCCCAACAAGCCCAAGCGCCAGACCAACCAGCUGCAGUACCUGCUGAAGGAGGUCCUCAAGACCCUCUGGAAGCACAAAUUUGCGUGGCCUUUCCAGCAGCCUGUGGACGCCGUCAAGCUGAACCUCCCUGACUACUACAAGAUCAUCAAGACGCCGAUGGACAUGGGAACAAUCAAGAAGCGCUUGGAGAACAACUACUACUGGAACGCUCAGGAGUGCAUCCAGGACUUCAACACCAUGUUUACAAACUGCUACAUCUACAACAAGCCAGGAGAUGACAUUGUCCUCAUGGCAGAAGCUCUUGAGAAGCUUUUCCUCCAGAAGAUCUCAGAGAUGACCCAGGAGGAGACAGAAAUUGUCAUUGCCCAGACAAAGGGCAGAGGCCGCGCCAGGAAGGAAGCAGUGACGUCCAAGCCUGGCUCCUCCGCGGUCCCCAACGCCACCCAAGCCUCGUCCCCGGCGCCGCCGCUGCCUGCGCAGCCUCCGCUGCCGCCCUCGGCGCAGCCUCCUCACCCCUUCCCCACCGUCACCCCUGACCUCCUGGUGCAGCAGCCUCCCGUCAUGACGAUGGUGCCUCCCCAAGCUCCCCUCCCCCCACCGGCCCCCCAGGCCCCCGCACCGCCGGCCCCGGCCCCGCAGCCCCUCCAGUCCCACCCAGCAGUCAUCCCCACGCCCGCCCAGCCCGUCAAGACAAAAAAAGGGGUGAAGAGGAAAGCAGACACCACCACCCCCACCACCAUCGACCCCAUCCACGACUCUUCCUCGCUGCCUGCCGAAGCCAAGCCCAGCAAGCUGGGGGCGCGGCGGGAGAGCAGCCGCCCGCUGAAGCCGCCCAAGAAGGAGGUGCCAGACUCGCAGCAGCAGGGGGCCGAGAAGGGCAGCAGCAGCAGCAGCAGCAGCAGCUGCAAGGUCUCGGAGCAGCUCAAGUACUGCGGCGGCAUCAUCAAGGAGAUGUUCGCCAAGAAGCACGCAGCCUACGCCUGGCCCUUCUACAAGCCUGUGGACGUGGAGGCCCUGGGGCUGCACGACUACUGCGACAUCAUCAAGCACCCCAUGGACCUCAGCACCAUCAAGUCCAAGCUGGAGGGCAGGGAGUACAGAGACGCGCAGGAGUUCGCCGCCGACGUCAGGUUGAUGUUCUCCAACUGCUACAAGUACAACCCUGCGGACCACGAGGUGGUGGCCAUGGCCAGGAAGCUGCAGGACGUGUUCGAGAUGCGCUUCGCCAAGAUGCCUGACGAGCCCGAGGAGCCUGCGCUGCCAGCCUCCUCCCCCGCCGUGGUGCCGCCCCCCACCAAGGUGGCCGCCCCCUCCUCCAGCGACAGCAGCAGCGACAGCUCCUCCGACAGCGACAGCAGCAGCGACGACUCGGAGGAGGAGCGAGCUCAGCGCUUGGCAGAGCUGCAGGAGCAGCUCAAGGCCGUGCAUGAGCAGCUGGCAGCACUGUCCCAGCCCCAGCAGAACAAACCAAAGAAGAAAGAGAAGGACAAGAAGGAGAAGAAGAAGGAGAAGCACAAAAAGAAGGAGGAACUGGAGGAGGCCAAGAAGAGCAAAGCCAAGGAGCCACCACCCAAGAAGGCCAAGAAGAGCAACAGCAACAGCAGCACCUCCAGCAGCAAGAAGGAGCCUGCGGCCGCCAAGAGCAGCAAGGGCCCCGCGGGCUAUGAGUCGGAGGAGGAGGAGAAGUGCAGGCCCAUGUCGUACGAGGAGAAGCGGCAGCUGAGCCUGGACAUCAACAAGCUGCCGGGGGAGAAGCUGGGCAGGGUCGUGCACAUCAUCCAGUCCCGGGAGCCCUCCCUCAAGAACUCCAACCCCGACGAGAUCGAGAUCGACUUCGAGACGCUGAAGCCGUCCACGCUGCGCGAGCUGGAGCGCUACGUCACCUCCUGCCUGCGCAAGAAGCGGCGGCCCCCAGCAGAGAAGGUGGACGUCCUGGCUGGCUCCUCCAAGAUGAAAGGCUUCUCCUCCUCCGAGUCGGAGAGCAGCAGCGAGUCCAGCUCCUCCGACAGCGAAGAGUCCGAAACAGGUUAGCCGCAGCUGCGCCCCCGCCCCGGGCCCCGCCCCGGGGGCCUGUACCAAUAAAACCUUUUGAGCCCUG